AUGGAACUACAGGAUACUUAUUAUAACAAAUCAGAAUAUGUUGAAACUGCUUCUGGAAAUAAAGUCAGCAGACAAACUGUACUUUGUGGAUCUCAAAACAUAGUAUUACAUGGUAAAGUUAUAGUUCAAAGUGAUGCAAUUAUUAGAGGUGAUCUAGCAAGUGUAAAGACUGGUAGAUUCUGUAUCAUUAGUAAGGGCUCUGUUAUCAGACCACCUUUUAAAAAGUUUAGCAAAGGGGUAGCAUUUUUUCCACUACAAAUGGGUGAUCAUGUGUAUGUUGGCGAAAAUACAGUUGUAAAUGCUGCUGUUGUUGGUUCAUAUGUUUAUAUUGGUAAAAAUGUUGUAAUAGGUAGAAGAUGUGUAUUAAAAGACUGCUGUAUGAUAGAAGAUAACUCAGUACUACCCGCAGAGACAGUGGUGCCUUCAUUUGCAAGAUACUCGGGCAAUCCAGCAAGAUUAAUCACAACUCUACCAGAAGCAACUCCAGACUUAAUGACAGAGUUUACUAAAAAGGAACCUCACCCCUUACUUAUGUAUGUAAAUGAAAAUUACUCUGAAACUCCAGCCAAUAACAUU